AAUCGGGCACUAGUUGAAGGCCCUUGCACUGAUGUAAGGCGACAGUCUAUGCCCUUCAAGUGCAUGCAGCUUACAGACUUUGUGAUCAAGAUCCCACACAGUACUCGUUCCAAGUUUGUAAGAAAAGCUUGGGAGAAGGCUGAUGUCAACAAGAAAUGGACUGAAUCCAGCUGGGCAAAGAAAAUUGAAGCCAGGGAAAAGAGAGCCAAGAUGUCGGACUUUGAUCGGUACAAGGUUAUGAAAGCCAAGAGAAUGAGGAACAAGAUAAUCAAGCAUGAAGUAACAAAACUUGUGAAAGCUGCAGCCGCAGCAAAGAAGAAGUAAUUAAGCUGACAAAAGUUGAAAUAAAGUUUGUCUUUUUGCUUGUGACAA